AUGAGUUCACCUUUGACCUUAACCCCAUGUCGCAUCCUUGACUUUGAUGCUGAUGUGGUGACAUGUCUGAUGACACCGGAAGUGAAGAAGGACUUCCGUUGCCUUUUUGAUGAUGAGGAUUCGGGUCUCGGUAUGGACGAUGGGGCGGUAUCUCCAGAACGCCACACUUCGACAGAGUUAUCACCCUUUAAUUUGAAAACCAUCCUGAACUUGACAGAUUUCAGCAAUGAAAAGGUAAAGAAGUCGCCACACCAAAAAAGAACGGAAUUCACACGAUCUUUGUUCUCAUGCAAGCGUCAACGGGAGGAAGAUGAUGAGGAUUCUGUUCCCUCAUCCAAGUCACAGAGAAGAGGUGAUGCUGUGUUCAGAAGGUCGCUGUCUUUUGAGAAUAUGUCUAAGACGUCAUUUAAAACGAGGGUCAUUGAUGUUAAGGCAGCUGUUAACCGUUUUGUGGACGAGGAAGAUUUGAUAGGGGACGGGACCAACACGUGUUGUCUGCCGACCGUCAGGGGCAAGCACCAGGACCUCAAGUCUAUCUCUUCAAACACGAUGGUUGAUAUUUUGACUGGAGCAUACGAUGAUGUUGUCGGGAGUUACCGCAUCAUUGACUGCAGAUAUCCGUACGAAUUCCAAGGAGGUCAUAUCAAGCACGCGGAGAACAAGUACACGCGUGACCAGGUACAGCAGCUGCUUCACGAGAUACAGAGUUGUGACGUCAUAGGAAAGAGAAACAUUCUCAUCUUCCAUUGUGAAUUUUCUUCUGAGAGAGGCCCGAAAAUGAUGCGUUUCCUCAGGACCCAAGACCGUGCCCAGAACGAGGCUAACUAUCCGGCCUUGACCUACCCCGAGGUGUACCUCCUUGACGGCGGCUACAAGGCGUUCUACAACACUGAACAUACUUUGUGCCAGCCUAUGGAGUACAAACCAAUGCUUCAUCAAGGUCAUUCUGAUGAAUUACGUCACUUUCGGGCACGCUCCAGAUCGUGGACAGCAGGCGAAAAGCAGAAGAAAACGGUAUCCCGACUUCGUUUCUGAGCAAUGCAUGGUGUACAAACAUGAAACCUAAUUUUUAAUUUGCGUAGAUGGUUAAAUGGACAUCAGUAAUUGAUUGGACUUGUCAACAACACUAAGAUUGCUGAAACGGAAAUGAAAGGGGUUUGAUGCGUAAAAUGUGUGUAAAGUAAUAUAAGGCGCGUAGGUUCACGUGCGAGUGCUAUACACCAGUAGUGCUAUAUAUAUAUGUAACUGUCAAGUGUGCAUGAUGUUGUAUAUAUUAUCGCAACUUGACUGAUGAUAAUUGUCGUAUCCUGGGAUAUUUUUACAACUAAUAAACUAAUUAUAUCAUCCAGAUAA